CACAACAAUGAUAUAACAGUUCAAAAUGAGAAAAACCAAGGACCGACCUUUACAGUUGAAAAAUAUUUAGAUCAAAAUAACUCACUGAAUCACAAUGGAGGUAGAGUGCAAGAAGGGGGUUGUUCCGAUCGUAAAGUUAAGAGCCCAGAUGAGCCAGAGAAUAACAAGGGCGAAGACGGCAUGAAAGUACUGGUGAACCAGCAAUGGGUCAAGACAUUACGGACACUGCCCCAGCUGUUGGUGAUUAUCAUUCUCCUACUGAUGAUUGGUGGGGUGGAGACCAACCCUGGGCCUCAAACAAAUGCUAAUUUAGAGGAUUCAAGAACGGAAACAGCAACUCAUUCCAAGACUGAGUCCCUCGAAGAUUUUGUCAUGAAAUAUGGACUGAAAACAGUGGAAAAUGAUGGCAGUGGUGAUUGUCUGUUUCAUGCCUUGUCCCAUCAACUGGCCUACAUAGAUCACAAACUGGCCUACAUAGAUCACAAACUGGCCUAUAUAGAUCACAAAGAUUUACGAAAGAAGCUAGUAAAAUAUGUAAAGGACCAUCCAUUACUGCCAAAUAAAGAGCAUGUGACAACACAGUUUGACGAUCACAUCAUAGAUGACUGGAAACAGUAC